AUGUUCAAUUAUAUGACCGUACUACUUACUUUUCAAUUUUCCCUUUUUGGUUUAUUGAAAGCAAGCUGCAAUUGUCCACAAUGUCCGCCAUGCACUGUCCAAAUCUGUCCACCAGUGGUCGUCUGUCAACCCAUAGUCUGCCCAGCACCACCAGUUUGCCCUGUUCUAUUGCCAAGAUCAUGUCCAGUAUGUGUUAAACCGAUCGUAAAAUCAGUGCUAAUCUCUGUUGUUAACAAAUGCUGCAAAACAUGUGACGAUUAUUGUACUAUGCGAUUGAAACGAAAUAUUUCAAAUGAUACAAUGGUGACAGUAAAUUCGGUAUGCAACAAUAAAAUGCUUGGCGAAAUUAUCGCUAAGAAGAUGACAUUGAAUCCAGCAACAUCACAAAAGUUGAUCAUGAAGAGUGUAACAAAACUGCUUGGUCAAUACAAUGUAUUUUGUAGUACCGGUAAUCUUACCUAUGUUGCAUACACCAAUGAUUUUUGUCAAGUGGAUAAAAGUGGCGUUGUAUGUUAUGCCUUCAAAACUCUAUGA